UUCAUCACACUUCGUGCAGGUUGUGUGUGUGGCUCAGUCUCAAGGUAUAAAAAGUAACAGGUCCCCUUUGGGUUAUAGCCAGUAGUGAGUGGACAAUCAACGAGAGAAGUAAACCUGUUUGUUAUCAAGAUGAAAGCUGCCACUUUGAUUGUUUUUGCUGUGAUGUUGGUAGCGGUAUCUUGUCGGCCUGAUAAGCCCGACUUGAAGCAAUUGAAGGCGGAAGCGGCUAGAAAGAAGGCCUGUUUGCAAGAUUGCUCCUCGGUCAAGUACGAUCCCGUGUGCGCCGGCAAACCCGGCGAAAAAUCCAAAUCAUUCGGCAACGAAUGUGUUAUGAACAAUCACAACUGCGAGAAUAAUGACACUCUCCACAAAUUGAGUAAAGGCCAGUGUGCCGGAUCGGACUCGAUCCGUCUCUCUUAAUAGGUAUUUUAAAAAAAUAUUCCACAAAAUACUAACAUACAUUAUUAUAUUGUAUAAUUAAUUAUAACAUUUAUACGUUAAAAUUACUGUGGAUUUUUUUGUACAAAUAAAAAAAUUGUUUUUAACAAAUUUAAACUGAUUUAAAUAAAUUUUAAUUCAUACAUAUUAUAAAUCAAAAUAUUCCAUUGUCUAAUAUAAUAAAUACUUUAACGAAC